AUGGACGCCAACAUGAACAAAAUCCUCAAAUGGAGCAUUCAAAACUCCACCAACGCAUCCUCCGACCAGAAUGCCGCCGCCGACGCCACUUCGCGGGGCCUGACCCCAGAGAUGAUGGCCACGCUCUUCGGCGGGCCCUCCGACGCCGAUCUGAUGAAAGCCUCCAUGGAGGCUCUGCGCUCCGACGAGGUCGACCUGGAGAACAAGCUGGUCGCCUUCGACAAUUUCGAGCAGCUGAUCGAGUCCAUCGACAACGCAAACAACCUCGAGCCGCUCGGCCUCUGGACGCCCCUCGUCGAGCUCCUGCGCCAUGAGGAGGCCGAUAUGCGCCGCAUGGCCGCCUGGUGUGUCGGCACCGCCGUGCAGAACAACGAAAAGGCACAGGAUAAGCUGGUCGUCUUGAACGCCCUCCCCACCCUCGUCGCCAUGUCGACCUCCGACCCCAACCCCGCCGCGCGCAAAAAGGCCGUCUACGCCCUCUCCUCCGCCGUUCGCAACUACCAGCCCGCCAUGGAUGAGGUCGCCAAACACCUGCCGGAGGGCUAUCCUCGCGGCGAGAAGAUCGAUGCGGCCGAUAUGGACGCUGUCGACGGCAUCAUGGACAAGCUGCGGGCUCACCCGGUGGAAUCGUCUGCGUAA